AGUUUGUUACUCUUAUUUUUUGUUACAGGAGCUAGAGUUAAUGCCAAAGACAGCAAAUGGUUGACUCCUUUACACAGAGCUGUGGCAUCUUGUAGUGAGGAUGCUGUUCAGGUGUUGUUAAAGCAUUCAGCAGAUGUCAAUGCUCGUGAUAAAAACUGGCAGACACCCCUACAUAUAGCAGCUGCAAACAAAGCUGUGAAAUGUGCUGAAGCUUUGGUGCCUCUCCUAAGCAAUGUAAAUGUGUCUGAUCGAGCAGGCAGAACUGCAUUGCACCAUGCAGCCUUCAGUGGACAUGUUGAGAUGGUCAGCUUACUGCUCUCUAGAGGGGCCAAUAUUAAUGCAUUUGACAAGAAAGACAGGCGAGCUAUACAUUGGGCAGCAUAUAUGGGUCAUAUUGAAGUUGUGAAAUUACUUGUGGCCCACGGUGCUGAAGUGACAUGCAAAGACAAGAAAUCAUAUACACCCUUACAUGCUGCAGCAUCUAGUGGGAUGAUCAGUGUAGUCAAAUACCUUCUAGAUCUUGGAGUUGAUAUGAACGAACCAAAUGCCUAUGGAAAUACUCCUCUCCAUGUAGCUUGCUACAACGGGCAAGAUGUUGUAGUGAAUGAACUCAUAGACUGCGGUGCUAAUGUAAAUCAAAUGAAUGAGAAGGGUUUUACGCCUUUGCACUUUGCUGCUGCCUCAACACAUGGAGCAUUAUGUUUAGAGCUUUUGGUCUGUAAUGGAGCAGAUGUAAAUAUGAAGAGUAAAGAUGGGAAAACACCUUUGCACAUGACAGCAAUCCAUGGUAGAUUUUCAAGAUCUCAAACCAUCAUUCAAAAUGGAGCUGAAAUAGACUGUGAAGAUAAAAAUGGAAAUACUCCUUUGCACAUAGCAGCUAGAUAUGGCCAUGAGCUAUUAAUCAACACUCUGAUUACGAGUGGUGCUGACACUGCAAAGCGGGGUAUACAUGGGAUGUUUCCUCUCCAUUUGGCAGCAUUAAGUGGAUUUUCAGACUGCUGCAGAAAGCUCCUCUCAUCAGGUUUUGACAUUGACACACCAGAUGAUUUCGGCAGGACUUGUCUUCAUGCAGCUGCAGCCGGAGGGAAUUUGGAGUGCCUAAAUCUUCUGCUAAAUACUGGUGCAGACUUCAACAAAAAGGACAGAUUUGGGAGAACUCCACUCCAUUAUGCUGCUGCCAAUUGUAAUUAUCAGUGCCUGUUUGCCCUUGUGGGAUCUGGAGCUAGUGUGAAUGACCUUGAUGAGAGGGGUUGUACACCUCUGCACUAUGCAGCUGCAUCAGACACAGAUGGAAAGUGCCUGGAAUACUUGCUAAGAAAUGAUGCCAAUCCGGGGAUCCGAGACAAACAAGGAUACAAUGCCGUUCAUUAUUCAGCUGCUUAUGGUCAUCGGUUAUGUCUUGAAUUGAUUGCAAGUGAAACGCCUCUAGAUGUUCUAAUGGAAACAUCAGGUACUGACAUGCUGAAUGAUUCAGACAACAGAGCACCUAUAAGUCCACUGCAUUUAGCUGCCUAUCAUGGCCACCAUCAAGCUCUGGAAGUGCUGGUACAGUCGCUGCUGGACCUUGAUGUGAGGAAUAAUAAUGGAAGGACACCAUUGGAUCUUGCUGCAUUUAAGGGACAUGUAGAAUGUGUAGAUGUGCUCAUUAAUCAGGGAGCAUCAAUCUUGGUGAAAGAUUAUGUUGUAAAGAGGACCCCAAUACACGCUGCAGCUACGAAUGGUCACUCAGAAUGUUUGCGGCUAUUGAUAGGAAAUGCAGAACCACAGAAUGCAGUGGACAUUCAAGAUGGAAAUGGACAGACUCCUCUGAUGUUGUCUGUUCUCAAUGGGCACACUGACUGCGUUUAUUCACUCCUUAACAAAGGAGCGAAUGUAGAUGCCAAAGAUAAGUGGGGAAGGACAGCAUUACAUAGAGGGGCAGUUACUGGGCAUGAGGAAUGUGUGGAAGCAUUGCUUCAACAUGGUGCUAAGUCCUUAUUACGAGACUGUAGGGGGCGAACCCCUAUACAUUUGUCAGCUGCAUGUGGACAUAUAGGUGUUCUAGGAGCUCUCCUGCAGUCAGCUACAUCUGUGGAUGCAGUACCUGCAACAGCAGACAAUCACGGCUAUACAUCACUGCAUUGGGCCUGCUAUAAUGGUCAUGACAGUUGUGUAGAGCUCCUCCUGGAACAGGAAGUUUUCCAGAAAAUGGAAGGAAAUUCUUUCAGUCCGUUGCAUUGUGCUGUGAUAAAUGACAAUGAAGGUGCUGCAGAAAUGUUAAUUGAUACACUAGGUGCUGGUAUUGUAAAUUCAACAGAUUCAAAAGGAAGAACUCCUCUUCACGCAGCAGCUUUUACAGAUCAUGUUGAGUGUCUACAGCUUCUGCUCAGUCACAAUGCUCAAGUGAACGCUGUUGAUUCUUCUGGGAAAACACCUUUAAUGAUGGCUGCAGAAAAUGGACAAACAAAUACAGUUGAGGUGCUGGUUAGCAGUGCUAAGGCUGAUCUGACUUUGCAAGACAGUUCGAAAAACACAGCGCUCCAUUUGGCUUGCAGCAAGGGUCAUGAAACUAGUGCCUUGUUAAUACUGGAGAAGAUUACGGAUAGAAACCUCAUCAAUGCCACCAAUGCAGCCUUGCAAACACCUCUGCAUGUUGCUGCUCGGAAUGGACUAACAGUUGUAGUUCAAGAGCUUUUAGGGAAGGGAGCAAGUGUACUUGCUGUAGAUGAAAACGGUUACACACCAGCUUUGGCCUGCGCGCCCAAUAAAGAUGUGGCUGAUUGCCUAGCUCUCAUUCUGGCCACGAUGAUGCCUGUUUCAUCGAGCAGCACAUUACCUUCCCUUACUUUCAACGCCAUUAAUCAUUACACCAACACCUCAAAAACUGUCACCUUCGAUUCCUUGCCGAUCAUGAGGAGUGACCAUAGCUCUUACUGUACUUUCAACAACAUUGGCAGGGAAGGUGGCUACCCGUAUACAGAAGAAGACGAACUCAAUGACUCAGAUUCCGAGACCUAUUAGCAGCUACAUUUUGUAGGUCUGAAGAGUGAAUCCUCACACUGGAAGGUCAGACUUGUGCUUUUGAAAAAAAAGCUAUCAGUGUUUGAAUACAAAACGAGGACAGACCUUUGAGAAGAUGUUUUUUAUUGUGGUUGCAUACAAAAAAAAAAAAAAUCUGUGAGACUCUAGGAGGAUUUUUUAAAAGCAUAUUUUGCAGAAGAAGCAUAAAUUCUUGAAUAAGUACUUGGAAUCCAUGGCAAAAAAAAAAAAAAAAAGAAUGUCAAAACUGUUUUAUUUAACUGUGUUCUACCAUUCUAUUUCUGGUGCCAGGAGUAAUUUCUGGAGACUGGGCACCCUACUUGAUGUAAAUGAACAACACUAUUGUACAACACAAAGGAUGCUAGAUUUAAAUAUUAUCAAUAAAACUAAAACAAUUUUGAAGGCAAUAAACGAGUUUGGUACAGUAGGCAUUGUUUGUGCUGCAAAUUGCCAAAGGACCAAAUAACUUAAAGAUUUUUUUUUUAACUAAAUACGUUUUUGUGAA